AUGUUCCCGAAAUUCAUCCCCAACCCGAGAUACUGCCGAAAGCUGCGAAUUUGCGGCUGCGACGUGCCUAUCCCGACGACGGCACCGAACAAUUUCACGACCUACAACAUGACCGAUUCGAAUCCGGUGCUUGAUCUACUCGAGACAUAUCGACAACUAGGAAAGCUCUACGAUGAAAACUACGAGGCACGCCAAAAAUUUGAUGAGAGAGCCCUA